AUGCCGCAGCUGUGCAAGCCUGGUACCUGCCACGACACGCCCACCGGCUUCACUUGCGGCUGCGACCAUGGGUACGUAUCUGUGUCCCUGCCUACACCUAGGUACAUGCUCCGAGCAAGCGCUGCCGUCACCAACGAGACCAAGCCCAUCAACGAGUGCGACAUCAUGCCGCAGCUGUGCAAGCCUGGCACCUGCCACGACACUCCCACUGGAUUCACUUGCGGCUGUGACCAUGGCGAGCCCGCCUACGCCGCGCGCCCCGGCCUCUACCGCAACCCCGUCACCAACGAAACCAAGCCCAUCAACGAGUGUGACAUCAUGCCGCAGCUGUGCAAGCCUGGCACCUGCCACGAUACUCCCACCGGCUUCACCUCUCCGUGCGAGCGCUGUCCGGCGCCCAGCGAGCCCGCCUACGCCGCGCUGUGCGGCGCGCGGCCCGGCCUCUACCGCAACCCCGUCACCAACGAGACCAAGCCCAUCAACGAGUGCGACAUCAUGCCGCAGCUCUGCAAGCCCGGUACCUGCCACGACACGCCUACUGGGUUCACUUGCGGCUGCGACCACGGCUACGAGCACGACAACACGUCGCACUUGUGCCGCGACGUCGACGAAUGUGCACUGGGCCGCGCGCGCUGCCGCGGACUGGCCCAGUGCGCCAACGUGCCGGGCUCGUACGAGUGCCGCUGCCCGCCCGGCUACCGCCUCACGCCCAGCCUCGACGAGUGCGAGGACGUCGACGAGUGCGACGACGAGCGCCUGUGCGAGCACGGUGACUGCAAGAACACGCUCGGCUCAUACAGAUGUGACUGCCAGCCCGGCUACACGCUACGCGACAACGCGUGCCGUGACGUGGACGAGUGCGCGCGGCCGCGGCCCAUGUGCCGCAAUGGCACAUGUGAAAACCUGCCCGGCUCCUACGCCUGUCACUGCGACGAGGGCUUCAAGCCCGGCCCUAACAACGACUGCAUUGACAUCAACGAGUGCCGCGAAGGAGGCAUGGUGUGCCGCAACGGCCGCUGCCGCAACACAGUCGGCUCGUUCCGCUGCGAGUGC